UCGUUUAUUUACACUUUUUUCCAAACGAAAAUAAUAUACAAAAUAAUAUUAAAAAUUGAGAAAUGAUAAAAAUAUUACAAGAAAAUAAAAAUGAAAUACACUGCCGCACGAUAAAAUGACUUCCAGUACAUAAAAUUAGAGAUUGAAUGUACUAAAUAUUCAUAUAAAUGAAAAAUUCUUGAAAAUUGUUUAUAAACAUUCUUUAAAAUACGUAGCACUUUCGUGAGCAUGGACUGUAAGAAAAAUCAAGAACAAAAAAAAAAUCCUUUGGAAAAUGGCAAUGUUUUUGCUUUUUUGUGCUUUUCAUGGAUAUUUAAGAUAUUUCGCACGGGUUAUAAAAAAGAAUUAGAAUUGAACGAUAUCUACAAUUGCUUAGACGAGGACAAUAGUCAAACUUUGGGAAAUUUAAUAUACAAAGUUUGGAAAGCGGAGAAUGAGAAAUACAAUUCAAAAAAUAUACAUAAUUGCAGUUUAACAAAAGUUUUGGCAAAAUGUUUUUGGAAGAAAAUAAUCUUGAUAGGUAUGUGGCAAGCAUUUGACGCCCUUAUUCUCAGAAUUCUUCAAGUUCUAUUAUUUGCAAAGGUAUUAAAUUACUUCAAUAGUAAAAGUCAUAUGUCGACAACGGAAGCUUUUUACUGGGCUUCCGGCUUUGCUUUGACAUUAAUUGUAUGUGUAUUUGUCUAUCAACUUUCAAUACAAGCAACGACACAUGUAGAAUUAAAAUUAAGAGUCUCGUGUUCAUCUCUUGUCUAUAGAAAAUGUUUAAAAUUGUCGAAAGCAUACACGGAAAAUCAAGAAACAACAGUAGGUCAGAUAAUCAACAUUUUUAGCAAUGAUAUUAAUAAUUUUGAAGCUGGAUUAUUUGGCUUUCAUUAUAUAUGGAUUGCACCGAUACAAUUGAUAAUCAUAACAAUAAUUAUUUAUCAAGAGAUGUGCUUCUAUAGUUUUUUGGGAACAUUUAUUAUUUUCUCACUUAUUCCACUACAAGCCUACAUUGGAAAGUCGAUAAAAAUUUUGACAAAUAAAGUUUCAUUAAGAACGGACAAGAGACUUUCGUUAUUGGAUGAAAUAAUUGGUGGGGUAAAAGUAAUUAAAAUGUAUGCCUGGGAGAAACCAUUUUCGCGACUUGUGGAUAAAGCAAGAAAAAAAGAAGUUAACAUUAUCAGAAAAAUAGCAUUUUGUAAUGCUUUCACAAUGGCUUGGGACAAUUGUGUCUCUCAAUUUUGUGUCUUUGUUAUUAUCUUUUUUUACGUUUUAUUUGAAAAUAAAAUCACAGCGGAACAGAUCUACACAAUAAUAGCAUUUUAUAAUAUUGUAAGGACUUCUGUAUUUGUCCUCAUGUCACAUGGUGUGCAACGUUUAGCAAAAAAUCUCGUGACAAUUAAUCGUAUCGAGGAGUUUAUGCGUCGCGAUGAAGUAAUAAAUCAAUUAAUAGAUAUCAAAAAUAUUGAGAAGCAAUCACAUGAAAAUAUUGCAGUGAAAAUAGAGAAAACAUCAGCAAAAUGGUCUCAACAGAUGAAGAGAGACACACUUCAUAAUGUAAAUUUUAUCGCUGAACGUGGAACACUUUCUGCAAUUAUAGGACAAGUGGGCUCUGGUAAAAGUAGUUUACUUCAUCUUAUUGUUAAUGAACUUCCCUCAAUAAGUGGCACUAUUCAAGUGUCUGGAAAAAUUGUCUAUGCAAGUCAAGAGCCAUGGAUAUUUGCAUCUUCGAUAAGGCAAAAUAUUAUUUUUGGACUUUCAAUGAAUAAAAAACGUUAUCAGGAAGUGAUUCGUGUUUGUCAAUUGGAGGAGGAUUUUGUUAAAUUUCCAUUUGGUGACAAGACACUUAUUGGUGAUAGAGGAACAACAUUGAGUGGAGGACAAAAAGCAAGAAUUAAUUUAGCACGAGCAAUUUAUGUGGAUGCUGAUAUUUAUCUUUUGGAUGAUCCAUUGUCGGCUGUUGAUUCUCAUGUGGGUAAAAAGAUAUUUGAAAAUUGUAUUUGUGGAUUUUUAAGGAAUAAAACAAGAAUUUUGGUGACACAUCAGCUACAAUAUCUAAAAGACGUUGAUCGAAUUUUUAUUUUAAACAACGGUAUUAUCCAAAUAAAUGGAACAUUCAAUGAUUUACAAGCAUCAAAUUUAGAUUUAUUAAAAAUAUUACCGUUUAUAAAUGACAAUGAGAAUGUGAAAUUUGAAAUGAUUGAUAAAGAAGAACAUCGUCCAUUGUCAUGGAAAGAUUCUGUGGAGGAUUUACAGGAAGAAAUUCCAGAACAUCGAAUUGUUGGCAGAACAUCGGGAAGAGUUUAUUUUUAUUAUUUUAAAGCUGUUGGAAGUGUUUGGAUUAUUUUUCUAGCUCUAUUUCUUGGUAUUUUUUGUCAAAUCGUCACUACCUAUGGAGAUAUUUUUCUCGCUAAUUGGAUUAAUCGUGAGGAUCAUAGAAGAAGUAACAGUGACAUUUCAACGAAUAAUGAUGAUAAUAUGUCGAGUUUACAAAUGUAUGGUUUAUUAAUAAUUGCGUCAAUGGCUCUGACGAAUGCAUUUUUCCUCAUUUUGUGCGAGAUGUGCAUGAGAUCAUCAGGCAAUUUGCAUUCAUCAAUGUUUUACAGUCUCAUGCGUACAACAAUGUCCUUCUUUCAAGAGAAUCCAUCCGGAAGAAUUUUGAAUCGAUUCUCGAAAGACAUUAGAGCAGUUGACAAAGAUCUGUUACAAGUUCUACAGGAUGUAUCUCAAAGUAUUUUACUCUUAGUGGCAAUUGUACUUAUCACAAGUAUUAUAAAUCCAUGGCUACUGGUACCGACAUCAAUAGUUGCUGUUAUUUUUUAUUUUCUAAGAAUCAUCUACAUAAGAACAAAUCGCAGCUUAAAACGUUUGGAAGCAAUAAAUCGAUCGCCAAUUUACAAUCACAUUAGCGCCACUCUCAAAGGACUAAUAACAAUUAGAGCAUUUAGAGCAGAGCAAAAGCUAAUCGAUGAAUUCGACAACUAUCAAGAUCUACAUACUUCGCCGUGGUAUCUUUUUUUCUCGAGUAUAACAUGUUUCACCAUUUACUUACAAUUCAUUUGCUCGCUCUACAUAAUUAUCAUUGUCUUCGCAUUUGUCACCGUCAAAGAAAACGUACCCGUGGGAAAUGCAGGUCUGGUAAUAACCCAAUGUGUCUUACUUGCCAGUAUGCUUCAAUGGGGUUUGAAGCAAACAACAGAAAUAGAAACAUUAAUGACGUCAGUCGAAAGAAUUAUGGAGUACAGUGAUUUAGAGCAAGAGGCAUCGUUGGAAACAAAAACUGAGAGUAAACCACCUAUUAAUUGGCCACAGGAUGGUAGAGUGGAAUUUAAAAAUGUUUCAUUAAGUUAUCAUCCAUCGGGUGCGCCAGUUUUGAGAAAUAUUAAUUUUCAAGUGGCUUCAAGAGAGAAAAUUGGUAUUGUAGGUAGAACGGGAGCUGGAAAGAGUUCCCUGACAAGUGCACUUUUUCGCUUAUCAUAUUUAACGGGAGAAAUUUAUAUUGAUGGUAUUGCUACAAGUGAUUUGGGUCUGCACGAUGUUAGAUCAAACAUUAGCAUUAUUCCACAGGAGCCAUUACUUUUUACCGGUACUCUUAGAAGUAAUUUGGAUCCCUUUGAAAAUUAUUCUGAUGAUGAACUUUGGCAGGCUUUGGAUGAAGUGGAACUUAAGGAAUUUAUCAAAAGUUCGAAUGCUGGACUUGAUGCUAAGGUUUCAGAUGGAGGGGCUAAUUAUAGUAUUGGUCAACGACAACUUCUUUGUUUGGCACGUGCCAUUGUGAGAAAGAAAAAAAUUCUUAUCCUCGAUGAAGCUACUGCAAAUGUGGAUUUUCAGACUGAUGAACUUAUACAAAAAACCGUUAGGAGACGAUUUAAGGAUUGUACUGUAUUUAUUAUUGCUCAUAGAUUGAAUACUGUUAUGGACUGUGAUAAAUUCAUUGUUAUGGAUUCUGGACUUAUGGUCGAAUUUGGUCAUCCUUGGGAACUUUUGAAGAAGAGAGGAUACUUGUACGAAAUGGUACAACAAACUGGACCUGACAUGGCUCAAGUUCUUAUGAAAAUGACAAAAAAUGUAUAGUAUUGUAAAUCUGCAAUUUUUUCUUUGAAUGGAAUUGUAUUUCCGAAGUAUUUUUUAGGGCUAAACACAAAUCUCGAGUCAAAAUUUUCAUACGUUUUUGAGAAAAGGGGGUGUGGAAACCACAAAAAAUUCGUUUUUUUAUUUUUAGAGCAGCAGUAACAAAUGUAAUUACUAUGUUCAUAAAUUUAAUUAAUAAGUCAAUAAUAUCAAUUUUUUUAUGAAAUUAUAAACACUGUGAUAAACAUCUUGUUAAAAUUGAAAUUUAAUAAACAAAUAUUUCAAAAGAGA